UUCCAUGCAUGCUCAAAUCUGUUCGCUCCCAGAAAACAUAACAGGUCUAACCCAGAAUGCUAACAGCUAAUUUCUCAAAAUCUAAAGAAACAUAGCUUGUGAUAAAAUAUAUACAUAAAUAGUGUCAUGGCAUGUGAUGAUAAUGGACCCAUCUGGUUUUAGAUUCUUGGAAUGUUAUUUUGGUUUUUUGUCACAAAAUUAAAGACCAAAUCAGCAUUGAACAAAAAGUAUUAGAAAUUAUAACAAUGAUCACAAAUAUGUAACAAAAAAAAAUAUUCCACCAGUAAAGAAUGAAUAAUGAUGUGGUUGAAGAGGCACAUGGUUAGAUUUGAUUGAUACAUAUGAAAGAAUAAUGUGGGCUACUCUCCUAGUUCAAUAUUUUUAAUUUGCUAUUGUUAAUACCUUCGGGAUAUGUCGUGCGUGCCACUUGGAACUUAUUGCAAAUAAGUCCCUGUGAAUUUGCGUAGCUGUUAGCAUUAUAUAUUAGUAAGUAUGACUUUUUUUUAGUGGAUUGUAGCUGCAGGUAUAUACGUAGCUAUUAGUGUAUGUGUUAUUGUCAUGACUUUUUUUUCCCCUUAGUUGAUACAUGUAUAAACAAUGAAGCUUUAACAUGCAAAGACGCUGAAGUUCAAAAGCCUGCUUUCCAACGAGAGGAUUGAUGCUCACUUGAUAAUGCAUAUUUUAUGGAACUGUCAUUGCAGUUGACAAAUUGGAAGUUGAAGAAUUUUGAGAUGUUUAAAUUUGUAGCGUAAUCUGUUUGGCAUUAGGUUAUAUCCAAAUUUGGUAUUUUGCUGUUUGUAGUGGUUUGAGAAUUAUUGUAUCCAACCUUAGUGUAAUUAUUUUGAUUUUAAGAAUAGAUGGAUGUGAAUGCGUAGGCAAAUUAUGGGUUACAGAUGAGUUGGAGAAUUAUUUGCCAGUUGAUGAAUGUAGUUUUGAAAGUUAGAGUUGAUGGAUGUAAUUUUUCUUGUACACGUUUUGAAUUACUUCUACAGAUUUGAUGAAUGUAAUUUUUCUUGUAAUGCAUUGCUUAUGCUAGGUAUUGAAAGUGAUUGAAUACAUUCUGUUUUCCCUCUCCCACCAUACCAAGAUGAUUCAGGUGCUAAAACUCCACGUUGGUUGAGGUUUUAUAUAGGAUAUGUAAUUAUUUAUUUCCUUCCUUUAUUUAAAAUGAGUUUGUUUCACCAAGAGCUUUUAGAAUAAUCUGGAAAUUGCUGAAGAUGAAUUUAGAACCUUUUUUUCUCUCUAUUGCUUCAUAAUUUGUUUAUGAUUGAAGCUUGUGUCAGUCCUACUGAUACAAAUGUUGAGGAAACAAUAAACACUCUGAAGUAUGCAAAUCGUGCUCAUAACAUUCAGAACAGGGCAGUUAUCAACCGUGAUCCAAUGGCAGCUCAGGAGCAGAGAAUGAGGAGACAAAUUGAGCAGUCGCAGGCUGAGCUUCUAUUUUAUCGUGGGGAUGUCGGUUCACUAUUUGAGGAACUCCAGUAUUACAAAAAGAAGAUUCAGGAGCUAGAACAUGAGAAUAAGUCUUUGUGAGCCAGUGCUGUUUCUGUGAAUGAUAGGUCAUUCUACUAAGUCAUUCUCUACUCCAUUAUUAAUUGGAAGGAAUAUAUUGAGGAACUGAGAUGCAAUCUUGCAAAUAUUUCAUCGACUCUUGAUGAUGGUGCUCAAAAGUUGAAUAUCCUGGAGGCACAGGUGAAUAUUGAAUCGCCCCUGCCAUCUCAAGUCUCAAUGGCAUUCGUAGUUCUGAGAGACUAGACUCAUGCUUUGGGUUGCAAGUUGCUCAAGUUUUGAGACAAAAACAUAGAACCG